AUGACCGAAAGCUACGAUAUCGUUAUUGUAGGUGCUGGCCCGGUAGGGCUCAUGCUCUCAGCAUGCCUCUUGCGCUUAGGGCCUUACAACAUCAAGCACAUUGACCAGCGGCCCGGGCCGACAGAGAUUGGGCGCGCCGAUGGAAUCCAGGCACGGACUCUCGAUGUGUUGCAGAAUCUGGGUCUGAAACGAGCCAUCAUGUCUUAUAAUCCAGGCCGAAUCUACGAGGUUGCAUUCUGGGAUGCUUCCAAGGACGGGACCGGUAUUCGACGCACGGGAACUUCGAGGAGUUAUCCCGAGUACAUUGACACAAGAUAUCCAUUUUCUACCAUCAUACACCAAGGCCGGAUUGAGAAGAUAUUCUUGGAUGAUUUAAAGGAUAGGAGACUCGAGAUCGAGAGGUCCUGGACUAUUGCAGGGUUUAGGAAAGACCCUUGCGGAGAGCAAUCCGAUCACCCACUGGUCGUGGACCUCGUCAGUGUGGACGGGAGAGAAAGUUCGACUGUACGAACAAAAUACUUAUUCGGUGCAGAUGGAGCGCGAAGCCGGGUGAGAGAUCUUCUUCGGGUACCGAUGUUGUCGAAAGAUCCAACGAUGCAUGUGUGGAGUGUUAUUGACGGGGUGGUCAAGAGCGACUUUCCGGACAUUCAGAUGAAAACGACAGUCCGCUCAUCCAAAGGCUCCGCUAUGAUAAUUCCUCAAGGAAAUAACCGAGUUCGUAUUUAUGUCCAGGUCUUUCCCAAGAAUGGACAAGAACCUGUCGCAUUUGCGACAGUGCCAAAAAUCCAGCAGGCGGCAAAUGAUAUUCUUGCCCCGUAUAAAGUGGAAUGGGAGGCAGUGGAUUGGCACUCUGCAUACCGAAUCGGACAAGGGUUUGCCUCAAGAUACUCUCUUGAUGAGCGAGUUUUUAUCGGAGGGGACGCAUGUCAUACGCACAGUCCCAAAGCCGGUCAGGGGAUGAACUACGGUUUCCUAGAUGCACACAAUCUUGCGUGGAAACUGCAUCUGGUCGAAGCUGGCUUUCUCCGCCGCUCCAUAUUGAAAACUUAUGAGGAGGAACGGAAGCGUGCAGCAGCAAAGCUGAUUGAGUUUGAUGCGACGUACGCGAACUUAUUUAGCUCUUCACGACCCGCUGGCGAGAAUAACGUUGCUCCGAGCUCUGAGUUCGUCCAAGUAUUCAAACAGAAUUCACUCUUGACAAGUGGCUACGGCGUCGAGUAUCCAGCGAACAGCUUGACUUGGCCUUCAACAACUUCUUCAACCAGCACAACAGCUCUGCUGCCUGGUCACAGUUUUCCUACCGCAACCGUAACGAGAGUUAUCGAUGCUAAUCCUGUCUACUUGGAACAGGAAAUUCCCUUCAACGGUAGCUACCGGAUAUACAUCUUCGCAGGAAAGCCUGUACUCACCUUGAAGACCAUAUUCGAUCUCGCUGAACAUUUGCAGUCCAAGGGUAGCAUCUUUCGCCGAUAUCAGCGAAAGGAUAUUGAUACCUCAUACGAAGGAAGACAUAAUCCCCACUCCCCGUUUUUCACCUUUUCGCUUGUUUUUCAUGCACCGCGGUCAAAUAUUGAAAUUCAGGAGUGCCUUCCGGACUAUUUCGCCUGCUAUAGGUACCAUCUUUACGCGGAUGAUCGUGAGUUGUCGCAGAGAGGUGAAGCCGCAGAGGAGAACGCCCACGUCAAGAUGGGCUUCGAUGUAGAGAAGGGUGGUAUAGUUGUUGUGCGCCCCGACGGGUACGUUGGAUGUAUCCUAGAGCUUAUUGAUGGAAGAGCGAGUGCUUUAGCUUUGGAUAGGUAUUUUGAGGCAAUCGUGCCAGGAAGUGAGCAUGAUGCUGUGGCGGCAAGGCUGUAA